AUAGAAUGUCCAUCCCUGUAGCACGCUAAAUUGAACUGACGACAACGCUGUAUUUUUAAUAAAAAUACACAAGUUAAAAUUUAACCAAUUGACUUUAUCAACUGAUUAAAAAAGUGAGUAACAGCAGUGGGUUCUGCUAAAAUACAAAAUCCCUAAGCUUUGCCAUUGUCGACUUGAGCGCAAGAUAAAAUGGCAGGAGUGUUAUUUGAGGACAUAUUCAACGUUAAGGACAUGGAUCCUGAAGGUAAAAAGUUCGAUCGUGUCUCCCGCCUGCACUGCGAAUCAGAGUCUUUUAAAAUGGACCUCAUACUGGACAUAAAUUCGUGGCUUUAUCCCAUGGAAUUGGGAGACAAAUUCCGCUUAGUACUGGCCACAACACUGCGCGAGGAUGGCUGUCCCGACAGCGGCGAAUAUAAUCCCAUGGAGCACGAAGGCACGCGAGCAGACAGUUUUGAGUAUGUUAUGUACGGAAAGAUCUAUCGCAUAGAAGGCGACGAAGCGCACAACGAAUCAUCCCGGCUGUCGGCAUACGUUUCAUUUGGUGGUCUGCUCAUGCGACUGCAAGGUGAUGCCAAUAAUUUGCACGGCUUCGAAGUGGAUCAGCACAUGUAUUUGCUAAUGAAGCGACUGGCGUUUUGAGUUUUGUAUAAUAAAUCACAUUGCGUU